CUUGCUCUAAUCAUUCUUUUGCUUUCCUCUCUCAAUCAUUUUACUGUGUCUUCGAAUUUAUUCACCAUGUCGUUGACCACCCCUUCUUCAUCGUCAACAUCUGAGAUCACCAGUCUUCCCAAUCCCACCAUAACCAUGGAACUUCAAACAUCCACCAUCUCCAACCCACUGCCUUCAAUGGCUUCUUCCAAAUCCAAUUGUUGCCCUCUUCCAUUCGCAACCAGGCGUUCAACCUCCGAACCCACACCAAAUCCACCCACAACCACUCCUUCAACCCCCCGCAACAACACCCAUGAGCAUACUCUCCAAUUGCGCGAUCUAAUUACCAAGGAUCUCGAUUACAUCAAGAAAGCCUCUGAAGAUCUCAAGAAAGCCUCUGACGAUCUCGACCAGUAUGGAACUCGCGUCAAAACCCAAAUCGAAUCUGUCUCCACAACUCUGAAUAGCCUCAAAGAAGCAGAAACUCCUCAUGAGGACUCCAUCGAAACGGAUCUUCAAGAAGAGCUUCGCGAAUUGAAGAAGGGUGUGACGAAACUGAAGCUUCUAAUCCCAUCCAAGUACAAGCCUCAAUCUGGGUCUGAGUCCGACGCCAAUAAGAAUCAGCGGGCUAAUGAUCUUUCUUCUGCUCAGGAAAGGUUACUUCGUGCCCGCAAGGGGUCCGACAAAAUGCCUGACUUGUGCAAGAACAAAACGUUUGAGAAUAGCUUGGAAUUUAAAGAUUUUAAAGCACUUUAUGAUGGACUUGACAUCCAAAAAAAGGUUUGUCUGUUGUGUUUUUCUGUGUUCCCAGAAAACCAAAUCAUAAAGAAGAGGUUUAUGCUGUAUUGGUGGAUCGGAGAGGGUUUUGUAAGUCCAAUUCCGGAGAGUAACAGAGAAGCAGAGGACUUGGCGAAUGAGGUCUUCAAUGAACUUAUGUUGAAGGGAUUCAUUGAACCCAUCAGCGAAAAGCGCGGCCUUGGAGUGAGCAGAUGCAGGAUGCACCCUUUGGUUCGUGCUGCUGUGGUUAUACUUGCAGACAAGGCUAAGCUCUUUGAUUUUGAUCUCAAAGGGAACCCUACUGGGAACUUUUCUUCAUCUCUUUGGGCAUGCUUGUUAAAGGCAGAGAAGUUGAAGGACAGUGAGGAAUUGGAAAAAGUUCAUAUCUUGUUCAAUGUUGACGAGACUAUUCUUGAAUUUGAAAAGCCCGAAAUGUUUGCCAAGAUGAAAAGCAUCAAUGUUUUUUGUUUGGGAAGGUGGCAGACAUCCCCAAAGCAUCACAUCGAGGUUGAGGACACUAAAUUCUUGGAGGGGUUGAAAAACAUGAGGCAUCUCAGGUUCCUCAGCCUCCAAGGUAUCUCGAGAAUUAUCGAACUUCCCGAUUGCAUUUCAAGCCUCGUCAAUCUGAAGAUCCUGGAUCUCCGAGCCUGUCACAACCUUGAAGAGAUUCCAAAUGAAAUUGGCCAACUUAACAGUUUGACACACUUGGACAUGUCAGAAUGCUACUUGUUGGAUAACAUGCCCAAGGAGCUUUCGUCUCUCUCGGAACUUCAAGUUCUUAAGGGGUUUGUAGUUGGCGAUUCCAAGGGAAAAAACUCAUGUACCCUUCAACAUUUGGCAAAGUUGCCGAAGUUGAGGAAAUUGAGCAUCUACACGGGCCGCAAAGACUUCCCUAACGAGGCAGAGUUAAGAGAUCUCAACAAAUUUAACAUGCUUCGCAAGCUAACAAUAGCAUGGGGCGGUGGUUCACAAGGUAAAUCAGACAAUAAUGCUAAGCCAGAGAAAAAUGCACAAAAGUCAACAGUAGCAAAGGCCACAGCAGAGCACCAGGAUCCGGAGAAUGGAGGUAAUGACAUAGAACAUGACAAUGCUGGCGAUGCAGCAGAAUCACAGGCGCCAACAGCCACGACGAAACCAAAUUUAUCAAAAAAAAUUCCGAAGAUGAGAAAAGGAAGGGAUGUGUUAGAUUAUGCUCCUCCAGAGCUUCCAACCCACUUGGAGAAACUUGAUCUCAAGUCUUUCCCCGAGACAUAUGCUCCCAAUUGGCUUAAGGCUAGCAAACUGAGCAACAUAAAGAAACUUUACAUUAGAGGAGGGAUACUUGGUGAUCUGGGUCAAUUUCAGCUGGAAAAGUAUGAGUGGGAAGUUGAGAUAUUGCGUCUGAAGUACUUGAACGAAUUAGAGAUGGAUUGGACUGAAUUGCAGGAAUUAUUUCCGAACUUGAGUUACUUGGAGAAAGAAAAAUGCCCGAAGCUCACGCUAUUCCCAUGCGACGGGCAUGGAGUGUGGAUGAGAAAUCCAAAGAAAUGGAAGCAAUUGUAAUGUCAUCAUGAACAAAGAAAAUUAUCUGUGUGCGGAGCUUCCAACCCACUUGGAGAAACUUGAUCUCAAGUCUUUCCCCAAGACAAAUGCUCCCAAUUGGCUUAAGGCUAGCAAACUGAGCAACAUAAAGAAACUUUACAUUAGAGGAGGGACACCUGGUGAUCUGGGUCAAUUCCAGCUGCAAAAGUAUGAGUGGGAAGUUGGGAUAUUGCGUCUCAAGUACUUCAACAAAUUAGAGAUGGAUUGGAGUGAAUUGCAGGAAUUAUUUCUGAAUUUGAGUUACUUGGAGAAAGAAAAAUGCCCGAAGCUCAUGCUAUUCCCAUGUGAUGGGCAUGGAGUGUGGAUGAAAAAUCCAAAGAAAUGGAAGCAAUUGUAAUGUCAUCAUGAACAAAGUAUAUUAUCUGUGUGUGGGUAAUGUUCUUAAUUCAAAUUUGUUUACUGUUUCUUUAUCUUCGUAAUUUAAUGGACUUUAGAAUGUGGAGAUAACUUCUUCUUGCCUCA